AUGCGCAACAACAGUAGCAAGGGUAGUUGUUGUAGUAGUAGUAGCAGUAGCAGGCAAAGAUUUGAUUUUGCUUUGAUCGUCGUAAUACGUAGUACACUAGUAAUAUAUACUAUAUUACAAAGAGAUCUUCACCUUUCAAUAUCUUUAACCAAAGAGUAUUUAAACGAUCAAUCAAAAAUGAUUCCAAUCAAUUAUCAUCACAAUAAUAAUAAUAAUAGUAUUUGUAAUAGUCCAAAUAAAAAUAGUAAUAAUAAUCAUGGUCAAACCAGUGAAAUAUUAUUAAAAGAGAAUUUAAAAUUAAAAGAGAUUAUAAAGAAUUAUCAAAGAGAUGUAACCAAUUGGAAAAGUGAAAGAGAAAAGUAUAGAAAGAAUUUGGAGCGUGCCAAGACUAUUAUCAUCGAACAAAGAAAGAGCUUGGUCGAACAGCAGAACCAUAGAAAUAUGUCAACUAAAAUAUCACCAUGUCACAGUAACAAUAGUAGUGUUAAAUCUACACCUUCUGCAUGUUCCAUGGUUACUUCUCCCAUUAUGAAUCAACACCAUCUUGGUGCAAAUACUCCAACUCCAACAACAACAACAACAUCAACAACAAACCAACAAAUUGAAAUUGAAAUCAACGACCAUGAAUAUGCCAAUAGCCACAAACCAGUAAUGACAGGAUCAUCAUUAAUUCGAUCAUUCUCUACUCCAUUACUACAUUAUUCACCUCAACCAAUUAAUUAUUUAUUCUCUACUUUAAUGGGUACCAACAACGGAAACAAUAACAACAAAGAGGAAGAAUCCUCUAUUUCCUCAUCUUCUUGUUCAUCAACUCCACAACAAUCUUUUACUCCAUCUCUAUGUAACAAUAUGAAUAGCACCGAAUCAACACCACCAUUAUUUUCAAACACCAAGGAAAAGGAGAAGUUAAAGAGUGAUAGAUUGAAAAUCAAGGUUAAAAAAUUAAAAGAUAAAAAGAAAAGAGAUAGGGAACAAAUCUUUAACUUGGAAAAGGAAAAGGAAACAUUAUCAUCAUUGAAUCGAUUCUACAUGGAUAAACUCAAAGGUUUAGAAUCCCAACUUUCAAAAUCCAAGUCCAAUUCAACACCAAAGAUUGUUGCUCAAUCAUCUUCGUCAUUAUCGUCAUCGUCGUCGACUUCAUCACCAGCCACCAGUUUUGGAUUCAUCAGUCCAACACUUAAAAGUUCACCAAUCUCAUCUUCAUCUAGUGCCAUGUCAAUGAGCCCCAUUUCACUCAAAGGAUUGUCAAUGAAUAAUAGUAUUCAAUCUAGUCCAUCUCAACAACAUCAGCAUCUUGGAUCACAAUUAUCAUCUUAUUACAACAAAAAUAAUAAUAUUAAUAAUAAUAAUAACAACAAUAAUUCGAUUCCAUCAUCAUCAUCAUCAUCAUCAUCAAGUCCAAAGAAUAAUUAUCAAUCAACAAAAUCAUCACAACCACCUUCUUCUUUAGAGGUUGUAGUCCUCUAA